AUGAGAGAAAUUGUUCAUGUUCAAGUUGGAAGAUGCGGAAAUCAGAUAGGAUCGAAGUUUUGGGAAGUUAUAUCAGACGAGCACGGCAUUGACCCCAAUGGUUGCUAUUCUGGAAACUCUGACCUCCAACUCGAACGUAUUAAUGUAUAUUACAAUGAAGCCGCUUGUAACAAAUAUGUACCACGAGCAGUUUUGGUUGACCUCGAACCAGGUUCCAUGGACUCUCUACGAGCUGAACCAUUUGGUCAACUUUUUCGCCCAGACAAUAUUGUCUACGGACUUACUGGUGCAGGUAAUAAUUGGGCAAAAGGUCAUUAUACUGAAGGCGCAGAUUUACUUGAAUCUAUUCUCGAUGUUAUAAGAAAGGAAGCCGAAGGUUGUGACUGUCUUCAGGGUUUCCAAGUUGUUCAUUCCAUCGGAGGUGGCACAGGCUCCGGUUUAGGAACUCUCCUUCUAGCAAACCUAAGAGAGGAAUACGCUGACAGAAUUAUUUUAACCUUCUCGGUCGUACCAAGUCCGAAAGUUUCCGAUACAGUAGUUGAACCAUACAACGCAACACUAUCUGUUAACCAAUUAAUCGAAAAUUGUGAUGAAACAUUUUGCAUAGACAAUGAGGCAUUGUACGAUAUUUGCUUUCGAACUCUAAGGCUGAAAACACCGACAUAUGGAGACUUGAACCAUUUGGUAUCAGCAACAAUGUCAGGUGUCACUACAUGUCUUCGGUUUCCGGGACAGUUGAAUGCAGAUUUACGCAAAUUAGCCGUUAAUAUGAUCCCAUUUCCGAGAUUACAUUUUUUCAUGCCAGGGUUUGCUCCUCUCACUGCUCGUGGCAGCCAAAGAUACCGUGCGUUGACGGUACCAGAGCUAACUCAACAGAUGUUCGACGCUAAGAACAUGAUGGCAGCAUGCGACCCUCGUCACGGUAGAUACCUCACCGUUGCAGCUAUCUUCCGCGGUCGAAUGUCCAUGAAGGAGGUAGAUGAACAAAUGUUAAACAUUCAAAGCAAGAACAAGGAUUACUUUGUUAAGUGGAUACCUAACAACGUGAAAACAGCUGUCUGUGAUAUACCGCCACGUGGUUUGAAAAUGUCAUCCACUUUCAUUGGUAAUACAACAGCUAUCCAGGAGCUUUUUAAAAGGAUUUCAGAACAAUUUACAUCUAUGUUUAGAAGGAAAGCGUUCGUACAUUGGUAUACUGGAGAAGGGAUGGAUGAAGCCGACUUUACAGAAGCUGAUAAUAAUCUUAAUGAUCUCAUUUCUGAAUACCAACAGUAUCAAGAUGCAACCAUAGAUGACCAGGAAUUUGAAAAUGAAGAAGACGAAGCAACAGGCAAUGAUGAAAGUGAUGAAUGAUUUAACUACCUAUGUACGCAUUAUAUUUGUUUGAUAAAUUAUUUAUAUUAUC